AAACUACUUAAUUCCUGAGCCCAUUUAAAUAAGACGCCAUAGUUAGGGUUUGAAGCAAAAUCCAAUCCAUCGUCGUCUUCAUUCACACCAUGAAAACAAAAUCAAAACGAAAAGUUCCCAAAACCAACCUCCCAAAACCAACCGAACCAUCAGAUUUCGCAUACAAAGUAACCGAAAUAGCAGUAUCACAAAUCUGCCAAUCAAUGGGUUUCACCUCCACACACCUCUCCGCUCUCGAAACCCUAACAAAAAUAGCCAUCCUCUACCUAAAAACCCUCGCCAAAACCGCCGUAACAUACUCCAACGCAUCCAAUCGCACAGAGUCCAACGUAUUCGACAUCUUCAACGCCCUACACGACCUCUCACCGGUGCCAGGUUUCAUGGGUCCAUCAAACUGCGUGUUGAAGUCAAAAUUAGUGAAGGACGUGUCAGUUUUUGUAAGUUCAGUGGAUGAAAUCCCCUUUGCGAAGGCUAUACCGAGAGCGGGUCCAAUUUGUGAGGCGCAAAAUGCGGAAAAUUUGGGAUUUGGGGGGUUGAAUUAUGUACCCAAGUGGCUGCCUGGUUUUCCGGAUGAGAAAACGUACAAGAAAUGCGAGGAGUUGGAGAAGGGUGGGGAAUUGGGGUUGUGGGAGAAUAACUGUGGUGGAAGUGGGAAGUGGGAUGAGUGUGUUAUAGGUGAAAUUGGGAAGAAAAAUGGGGAUUUGGGGGUGGAGAGGGAUAGGGAUAGGGAUAGGGUGAGGUUCAAGAUUGGAGAAGUGAAAAAGGGUGGGAUUGAUAUUAGAGUUUAUAAAAGGAGUUGGGCAUGUAAAGGGUUUGCUUAUGAUUUUUAAUUUGAUGAAGAAGAAUGAUGCAAAAAUGGAGAGUAAGUUUGAACUAGGUGAUCCAAAAAGUAGAGUGUAUACAUAUGGAAUCGAACCUUGGUCGUUCGGAAUAAUUCAAAAUUUUGAUUCUCACCGCUUGCCAUUUCAGCUGUUCACGUGGAGUUUGCAGUUUUCUUUUUAUUAAUCUUAUAGAUGUCGUAACGAGAUUUAAGAUAUUAUGUAUUUUAGUUGACGUAUAUAUGAAAUGAUUAUGCCCUUUCAAUUCCA